AUGGGUCGCGUCAGGACGAAGACUGUCAAGAAGGCUGCCAGAGUUAUCAUCGAGAAGUAUUACACUCGAUUAACACUAGACUUCCACACCAACAAGAGGAUAUGUGAGGAAAUCGCUAUCAUCCCCACAAAGCCACUGCGUAACAAAAUCGCUGGAUUUGUUACUCAUUUAAUGAAACGAUUGCGUACAAGUCAAGUUCGUGGUAUUUCCAUUAAAUUGCAAGAAGAAGAACGUGAGAGGAGAGACAACUAUGUACCAGAAGUUUCUGCUCUUGAACAAGAUGUUAUUGAAGUCGAUACUGAAACCAAAGACAUGUUGAAAAUGCUGGAUUUCCAAAACAUCUCAGGAUUACAACUUGUCCUCAGCGGAACCCAGUACCCCAAGAGGAAUUAA